AUUUGAUUUCAUGGAACCAUUUUUUUUUUUUUUUUAAGUGAUAGCGCUGAACGCAGUCUUUGCAGAGCGGGGCAGCACUUUCCCUCCUGACCCCAACCUGGAAACCCCAGAGUGACUUGGGGCUGUCAGAGCGUUGGAAGCAGAGCUGAGAGUUAGGAAGCGGCUCGCUGGCAAUCCGGCACCUUUCCUUCUUGUGAGGUAACUUCCUAUUUCAAGGAGACAAGCCAAGAUAACUUUAACCCAGAGGAGGAAUGAUGUAGCCACCCUCUAGUCUUCCCUUCUUAAACCCCCAGGUCCCCUUUUGCUGUUGGCUGCACAUCAUGAAGGCUAUGAUGGGAAUGAAGGUGAAAACCUGGAGAUUUCACUUAAGUCAUUGCUUCUGCCUGCAAGAUCAUCCUUUAAAAGUAGAGAAGCUGCUCUGUGUGGUGGUUAACUCCAAGUGGCAGAACUCAUUCUAGAAGGAAAUGGAUGCAAGCAGCUCCAGGGGCCCCAAACGCAUGCUUCCUGUGGUCUAGCCCAGGAAGCCCUUCCGUGGGGGCCCCAACUUUCAGGGAUGCCACCGGCUGAUUCCUGAAUGAUGAUGGUUCGUCGGGGGCUGCUUGCGUGGAUUUCCCGGGUGGUGGUUUUGCUGGUGCUCCUCUGCUGUGCCAUCUCCGUCCUGUACAUGCUGGCCUGCACCCCAAAAGGUGACGAGGAGCAGCUGGCACUGCCCAGGGCCAACAGCCCCACGGGGAAGGAGGGGUACCAGGCCGUCCUGCAGGAGUGGGAGGAGCAGCACCGCAACUACGUGAGCAGCCUGAAGCGGCAGAUCGCACAGCUCAAGGAGGAGCUGCAGGAGAGGAGUGAGCAGCUCAGGAAUGGGCAGUACCAAGCCAGCGAUGCUGCUGGCCUGGGGCUAGACAGGAGCCCUCCAGAGAAAACCCAGGCUGACCUCCUGGCCUUCCUGCACUCGCAGGUGGACAAGGCAGAGGUGCAUACCGGUGUGAAGCUGGCCACGGAGUAUGCAGCAGUGCCUUUUGAUAGCUUCACUCUGCAGAAAGUGUACCAGCUGGAGACUGGCCUUACCCGCCACCCUGAGGAGAAGCCCGUGAGGAAGGACAAGCGGGAUGAGUUGGUGGAAGCCAUUGAAUCGGCCUUGGAGACCCUGAACAAUCCUGCAGAGAACAGCCCCAAUCACCGUCCUUACACAGCCUCCGAUUUCAUAGAAGGGAUCUACCGAACAGAAAGGGACAAAGGCACGUUGUAUGAGCUCACCUUCAAAGGGGACCACAAACACGAAUUCAAGCGGCUCAUCUUGUUUCGACCAUUCGGACCCAUCAUGAAAGUGAAAAAAGAAAAGCUCAACAUGGCCAACAUGCUUAUCAAUGUUAUCGUGCCACUAGCAAAAAGGGUGGACAAGUUCCGGCAGUUCAUGCAGAAUUUCAGGGAAAUGUGCAUCGAGCAGGAUGGGAGAGUCCAUCUCACUGUUGUUUACUUUGGGAAAGAAGAAAUAAAUGAAGUUAAAGGAAUACUUGAAAACACUUCCAAAGCUGCCAACUUCAGGAACUUUACCUUCAUCCAGCUAAAUGGAGAGUUUUCUCGGGGAAAGGGACUUGAUGUUGGAGCCCGCUUCUGGAAGGGAAGCAAUGUGCUUCUCUUUUUCUGUGAUGUUGACAUCUACUUCACAUCUGAAUUCCUCAAUACGUGUAGGCUGAAUACACAGCCAGGGAAGAAGGUAUUUUAUCCAGUCCUUUUCAGUCAGUACAAUCCUGGCAUAAUAUAUGGCCACCAUGAUGCAGUCCCUCCCUUAGAACAGCAGCUGGUCAUAAAGAAGGAAACUGGAUUUUGGAGAGACUUUGGAUUUGGGAUGACGUGUCAGUAUCGGUCAGACUUCAUCAAUAUAGGUGGGUUUGAUCUGGACAUCAAAGGCUGGGGCGGAGAGGAUGUGCACCUUUACCGCAAGUAUCUUCACAGCAACCUCAUAGUGGUGCGGACACCCGUGCGAGGACUCUUCCACCUCUGGCAUGAGAAGCGCUGCAUGGAUGAGCUGACCCCAGAGCAGUACAAGAUGUGUAUGCAGUCCAAGGCUAUGAACGAGGCAUCCCAUGGACAGUUGGGCAUGCUGGUAUUCAGGCACGAGAUAGAGGCGCACCUCCGCAAACAGAAACAGAAGACAAGUAGCAAAAAAACAUGAGCUCCCAGGGACGGAUCGGGGAGACAUUUUUUUCUUUCCUUUUGCAAUUACCGAAAGUAGCUGCAACAAACAAAAGACUUCCAUAAAGGGUGACAAAAGAAUUAGACUGAUGUGUCAGAGAUGAGAGAGCCUCCAUUUUCUCUCUGUUUGGCUUUUUACAGCAGAAAUCAAAAUCUCCACUUUGCCUGCAAAAGUAGCCCAGUUGCACCCUGUGAAGUGUCUGACAAAGGCAGAAUGCUUGUGAGAUUAUAAGCCUGAUGGUGUGGAGGUUUUGAUGGUGUUUACAGCAAACUGAGACCUAUUGUUUUGUGUGCUCAUUGAAAUAUUCAUGAUUUAAGAGCAGUUUUGUAAAAAGUUCAUUAGCAUGAAAGGCAAGUGUAUUUCUCCUCCUGUGAAUGAUCCUAUCAGCAGGGCUUCAGUUUCUAGGAAUGCUAAAAUAUCAGAAACCAGGAGAGGAGAUAUGCUUAUUAUGAUCCUUUUGAGUACGUUAAGGAAAAUCAAAUGGACCAGAAAAGAAAUUGUAAAUAUCGUGUGGUGUUCCCCCAAGAUUAACCAAAAAUCAUCUGCUUAUCUUUUUGGUUGUCAUUUUAACUGUCUCCAUUUGUUUCUUUUAUUUAAAAAUGCACUUUGUUUUCGCUUGUGAGUUAUAGUCUGCUUAUUUAAUUACCACUUUGCAAGCCUUACAAGAGAGCACAAGUUAGCCUACAUUUUUAUAUUUUUUAAGAAGACACUUACAGAUGCAUCAUGAGAUCUUAAAGUUCAAAGCAUCAGACUGAUUCCAUAUCCAAGGACAUGCCAAAUGCUGAUUCUGUCAGGCACUGAAUGUCAGACCUUGAGUCAUAUGGAAGGAGUGGUUUGGCUACUGAUAAGAGACAUAUAGAUACUUUAUCUGAAGAGUAUUUUCGAAGGAGUGACUGAACACUGGAGGAAAAGAAAAUGACACUUUCUUCUUGACAGAAAAGGAAACUUAUUCAGACUGGUGAUACUGCAAUGUAUCUAAAAGUCAGAAAACACAUUUUCUCCUCAGAAGUGGGGACUACUUUCUUACCUGUUUAAACCAAAGCAUACCGAGUGAACCAAACAAUCUCUUUUCAAAGCAGGGUGCUUCUUCUGGCUUCUGGCUUCCAUAGAAGAAAUGGAGAAAAAAAUAUAUAUAUAUUUUGUGAAAGAUCAAUCCAUCUGCCAGAAUCUAGUAGGAUGGAAGUUUUUGCUACAUGUUCAUCCACCCCAGGCCAGGUGGAAGUAACUUAAUUAUUUUUUAAAUUAAGCAGUUCUCGAUCACCAAGAUGCUUCUGAAAAUUGCAUUUUAUUACCAUUUCAAACUAUUUUUAAAAAAUAAAUACAGUUCACAUACAGUGGUUUCUACAUUCACGUGAAAAUUAUUUAUUAGCCAGCACCAGAUGCAUGAGCUAAUUAUCUCUUUGAGUCCUUGCCUUCUGUUUGCCCACAGUAAACUCGUUGUUUAAAAGCUUCAAGAACAUUCAAGCUGUUGGUGUGUUAAAAAAAAAAAAUGCAUUGUAUUGAUUUGUACUGGUAGUUUAUAAAAUUUAAUUAAAACACAGGUCACGGAUGGAAGGUGGUAUUGCACAGCUAAUAAAAUACGAUUUAUGCACAUGA